CUUAAACCGGUGCCUCACUCGGGUUUGGACCGUUUUACCCGCGGCUUCUCCUUUUCCUUCCUUAUUCUCGAUUCUCCUUUCAGAUCUUCUUCUCCUUCAACGAGACGGCUAGGGCAGAAUUACGCACACUCAAGGGAAGCAUGGCAUGGAGAGGACAUCUUUCAAAAAGCAUUAAAGAACUUCGGUUUUUGAUGUGCCAGUCAUCACCUGCAAGCUCAUCUACAAGGGCAUUUGUGGAAAAGAAUUAUAAGGAACUAAAGACAUUGAACCCAAAAUUGCCAAUAUUAGUCCGUGAGUGCAGUGGAGUUGAACCCCAAUUGUGGGCAAGAUAUGAUUUGGGUGUUGAGAAAGGCAUAAAAUUGGAAGGCUUAUCAGAGGCACAGAUCUUCAAGGUACUUGAAGAUCUGGUAAAAGCAGGACAGUCAUUGAAAGCUUGAUGUAGCUGCUUAUGCGCUAUCUGAAAUGGAAUAAAUGUUCUCAUGCUGCCGUUGUUGCUGCAAAUUGCUUUCUGGUUUAAAACAAGCUAGAUUUUCCUUCUGUUCAAUCUCUGGUGUCAACCUGUCUCUUUCUGCAUCUUACAGUCAUUUCAAGUAUGAUACUGUUG